AUGUCCGCCACAACCGUGGACAACCCCAUAACAACGGCCGUGUCGCGCCAGGUCCUGCAGGACUACGACAUCCAUCUCACUGGCGACGAGACAGUGGCACCGCCGAACUCAGACAGCCGACAUCCACAGCCAACGCCAACGGCAGCAAACCCGCCCGGCUGGGGCACACAGCAUCGGGGAGUGCCUCCCUACAGACCCAUCAACCGGGACCUGGACCUGACCCAGCGGCCACUGGGAGGAAACCCGGUGGGAGAUGUCUUUGUGACCACCAUGUUCACCGGCAAUGUGAGGUGGCUCUGGACAAAGACUGGCGGGAGGAUAAAUGACAAGAUCUUCCACUACAAAGUCGGGGGUGAGAUCUAG